AGUUCGGAGCAACUCCAGAAUUAGCAACUUAAUCAUAUAAGUAACAAGUAAAUUACAAGUGGCAGUAGUGACGAUGUUGCUGCAGGUGUGUAUCAGUAAUGUACACUGUUUGCUCUCCUUGCUGGUGGAGUGGAUCUGGUUGGUGUUGAUGAGAGGCAGUAGUAGUACGCAGGUGAAGACUAAUUCUAAGCGCUCUAAAUUCAGCGGCUCUACACAAACUGACGCAGCUGCAAAUUCGACUCCAACUCCGAGCAGUGUGAAUUACCACUUCACUCGCCAGUGCAAUUACAAAUGCGGCUUUUGUUUUCACACUGCAAGGACGUCGUUUGUUUUACCAAUAGAGGAGGCGAAGAAAGGCCUGCAGCUUCUGAAAGAUGCAGGGAUGGAGAAAAUCAACUUUUCGGGAGGAGAGCCUUUUCUGCAUCAGAAGGGUGUAUUUCUGGGAGAGCUGGUGAGAUACUGCAAGCAGGAGCUCAAGUUACCGAGUGUCAGUAUCGUCAGCAAUGGAAGUAUGAUCAGAGAAAGCUGGUUCAGAAGCUACGGUGAAUAUUUGGACAUUCUAGCAAUAUCUUGUGAUAGUUUUGAUGAGGAGACCAACAGAGCAAUUGGUCGAACCCAAGGCAAAAAGAGCCACUUGGAAAACUUAAACAAAGUGCGAAACUGGUGCAGAGAGUACAAAGUGGCAUUCAAAAUUAACUCUGUCAUUAACUCCUUUAAUGUUGAUGAAGACAUGACUGACCACAUCACUGCCCUUAACCCUGUGCGCUGGAAGGUAUUCCAGUGUCUUCUGAUUGAGGGUGAGAACAAAGGGGAAAAGAGUCUUCGGAAUGCAGAAACAUUUCUCAUCACUGAUCAGGAGUUUCUGGAUUUCUUGGACCGACACCAAAGCAUCGACUGCCUGGUCCCUGAGUCAAAUCAAAAGAUGAAAGACUCCUACCUGAUUCUGGAUGAAUAUAUGCGUUUUCUGGAUUGUCGUGAAGGGAGAAAAGACCCAUCAAAGUCCAUUCUGGAUGUUGGUGUAGAUGAAGCCAUUAAGUUCAGUGGUUUUGAUGAGAAAAUGUUUUUUAAAAGAGGGGGCAAAUAUGUGUGGAGCAAAGCAGAUAUGAAGCUUGACUGGUGACCUCAACAUUAUCAGCAUGUCCUGUUAACAGUUUGCUUUAAAAGUCAUUUUUAAUGCAUUUUAAAUGUAUCCUUGUAUUUAAUGCAUUUUAUUUUAAUAUAGUUCUGCUCUAAGAGGUUAUUAUUUUUGUAAUUGAAAUGUGUUUUUUUAUUAGUAGUGAAUAACAGCAACAAUAUUUUGUAAAUAUAUUCUUAAAGUGUUUUAAAUAA